AUGCAGCGACUCCUGCCUGGUCAGGUGAUGGUGCUGUGCGCUGUCUUUCCUGCAACCAGCCAAAUCAUUACGCCCGAGACUGCCUGGCUGGACGUGGCGCACGAAGAGGAGGGCGUGGUAGUUUGGACCAAAGAAAGGGUCAGGGUUGUGACUGUGAGUGGGGAACCUUACGAGUGCAUGGGGUCGGGAGUGGUGAAGGUUUGCCUGGCGUCGGGAGUGUCCGUGCACGUGAGUGUUGUUGUAGCGUCUUCAAAACCGCUUAACUUUGCUUUCAUUCUCGGUAUGAAUGGUAUAACGGCACUACACGGUGUUAGAGUACGCUCACAGACGGAUGUAGUGUUUGGUUUGGAGGAAGAGCAGGGUUUGGCUGUGGCGGCUGCUAACUCGCCAGACAUUGAUGAAAGGGAUUUUAAAGUGACCUUUGACACCGAAACAAAACAGUGGACAGUAUUGUGGAAUUGGUUUAAUGGCAUGGAACCGCCACGAUUGUUUAACACUGCGUUAGAAUACGAGGUGCCAAGUGAGGCUCGGCAAGAAUAUGAACGUGAAUUAACUCAGUGGAUUGCCAACGAGUGGCUGGUUCCUUAUGAUGAGAGCACGUACGGACCAGUGAAAGGAACCAUUCCGUUAAUGGCUGUUGUGCAGCAAAACAAGCACAAGGUCCGCCCCGUGCUCGACUUCCGAGAAUUAAAUACCCAUCUUAAUCUGCACACAGCUGAAGCGGACGUGUGUACAGAGAAGAUACGUGAGUGGCACCGUCGCGGUCAAAAAGUUUCUCUCAUGGACUUGCGCAAGGCGUACCUACAAAUCCACGUACACAAGUCCCUCUGGCCUUAUCAAACCGUUGUGUUCCGUGGAAAAAGGUACUGCCUAACAAGGUUAGGAUUUGGGAUAAACAUCGCCCCUGUCGUCCUCAAAAAAGUUCUGGAUCGCAUUCUGAGUUGGGACGAAAAGAUUUAUAGCGCCACUUCUCCUUACCUGGACGAUAUUCUCGUGGACGAAACCAUCGUGACGACAGCGGCUGUGGAAAAUCAUCUGAGAAGCUAUGGCUUGGUGUGCAAACCACCUGAGCGGGUGUAUGAUGGGACUCGGUUGUUAGGCAUCAGAGUCUGGGGGGAGGGUCGCGGCCUCGUUUGGAGACGCGACAAUGAGAUUGGUGAACUACCGGAGAAGUUAACAAGGCGGCGUGUAUUUUCAGUCUGCGGCCAGUUAACAAGCCAUCUACCUGUCUGUGGCUGGCUACGGGUAGCAACAUCAUACAUCAAAAGACGUGCUAACGCAGCUUCCUCUUCCUGGGACGAUGAAAUCACGGAUCCCGGCCUGCUUGCGAUGCUCACAGAAACCCUCGGACGUGUAAAGAAAGCUGACCCAGCCCGGGGACGGUGGGACGUGGCAGGAGACGAAGCAGCUUUGUGGGUCGACGCAAGCUCUCUUGCGUUGGGAGCAGUGUUGGAGGUGAAUGGCGAAGUGAUCGAGGAUGCUUGUUGGUUACGCCGCAACGACUGUACGCACAUAAACCUUGCGGAGCUAGAUGCUGCUAUCAAAGGCCUAAAUCUCGCCGUCUCCUGGAAUAUGAAAAAACUGGCUCUAAUGACAGAUUCCCGUACAGUAUACCAUUGGCUCCAGGACACUUUAUCAGGAAAGGCACGUUUGAAGACCAAAGCCUGUAGUGAAAUGUUGAUUCGGCGACGAUUGGAAACUUUUAAAGCGGUAACCGUGGAGUUUAACUUGCACCUUGAGAUCAAGUUUGUGUCUUCGAGCAUGAACAGAGCCGACGAGUUGACGAGAGUGCCAAAAAAGUGGAUGUCUUUGACAAAUGAUUACGUGUCCUGUACGGCUGUCACCGCCGUGUCUGACCAGGACAUCGCAAAUAUCCACGAAACAACUGGCCAUCCAGGAAUCAGACGCACGCUAUUCUUCUGUAGAAAACUUUACCCUGGUGUUCAACGUGAGCAAGUGCGUAAUGUCGUGCUACAUUGUCGGGAGUGCCAGUCAAUUGAUCCUGCGCCGGCGAAGUGGCAGAAAGGGGAGUUAGGGGUCCCCAAUAUCUGGGACAGAGUUAGCAUGGACAUUUGCCACGUUCACAAUGAACAUUACCUGACACUGAUCGACUGCGGGCCGACGCGUUAUGCCAUCUGGAGAAAACUGAGACGUCAGGACGCGAUUUGUGUUAUUGAACAACUGGAAUCUGUGUUUUAUGAGCGUGGAGCACCCCGCGAAUUGCUAACCGACAACGCUGCCAGCUUCCGUAGCUCGACGUUCAACAAUUUUGCAAGUCGCUGGGGCAUGGCCGUCAGGUACCGGUGUGCCAAUGUUCCAUCGGGUAACGGGAUAUCAGAGAGGAAUCACAGAACAGUCAAGACCAUACAAGCACGAAAAAGUUGUUCUGUGCCGGAAGCUGUAUACAGGUACAACACCCUGCCACGGGGGAACGAUGCUGGGUCUUCCCCUGCUAACAUGAUAUUCUGUUACGAAGUUAGACUCCUUGGUAUUGAUGGAGUCUCCCAACAUGAUCAAGCGUCUGAGGAACACCAUCGCUUUAGCGUUGGUGACCGUGUGUGGACUCGUCACCCAAGUAAGCGAUGCAAUUCUCGAAGCUUAGAAGGCACUGUGACCCGGAUUGUGUCUGCCCAGAAUGUGGAGGUGGAUGGAGUGCCUCGUCAUGUACGGGACCUGAGGCACGCAACGGCAAAGUUACGCACCGAUAACCAUCUCUCAACAGAGGAAACGACGGCUGAGGAUGAUGAAGAAGAGAUGCUCAUCCCCGUGGAUAACUCUACAGCGAGUGUGGGAGAAGAGGACCAAGAGGAGGAAGAAGAAAGCGACAGUCCAGGAAGACCACUUCCACGACGUUUACAAUAUAGAAUGAUCUUUAGGAUCAAGGGGGAGUGUAAUCAAGAGUUGUUUUCAUAUGUUGAAAUCUUGUACUGGGCAGAAGGAAAUAAGAAAAGUCGGCAGAAACUCAAUCCACCUUACUACAGUCCUUACUGUCAUACCGAACAUCAUCGAGAGAUGUAG